AUGGGAGGCUUGGGCUGCGCGGUGCUCAGCGGUGACAUACCGAUGAUACGAAGGCUGGUCGAAGCGCAAGCCUCGUUGACUACAAGGGCUCGGGAGAUGUUUGAAGUCGGCAUCGGUCCCGACUUUGCUCCUCUCCACCUGGCGGUGGUUCGAAGUCGGCAUCACACGACUAUCCUGGAGCUGCUGCUGGAGCUUCGGUCGGAUCCCAACAUGGAUGCGGGCGCCUCCUCAUGCGCUCUUGGUUGGUGUCCUAGCGCGCAUGCUGUGGAGGUCAUGGUCCAGGCACGGGCAGACGUCAAUCGUGUCUGUGGCCCUCCUUUUAGAAUAACGCCUCUGCAGACUGCCGCAAUGACCCACCAGAACAAGGAGGUCUUUGCACGGCUCCUGGAAAAGAAGGCCGACGUGCACCUGCUAGGGCAGGGGCUUCGGUCACCAAUCCUGUCGAUGUUGGCUACAUUUUGUCAUUUGGGCUACCCUGAUCGGUUGGAAGUUGCGAAGCUGCUUGUGGAAGCUGGUGCAGAUCCGAACGCUCGCUGCAAGUCGGCAGGCAUGAUGUAUUUCCUCGGCCUCCUAGCGCGACUUCGCCUACAGUUUCGCAAGCCGCCAGUGGUUGCACACAUCUUUGCCAACCUGGACGUUGCUUCCUUGGGUUACGCAGCCAUCGUUGGAGAGGCGAGAAUGGUCAACCUUCUUUUGGGUGUAAGGGCUGAUCCCUGGAUGAAGAACAACCGGGGAGUCAUGCAGAUGGAGUUGGCGAGGAGCCAGGACGUAUCCCAGACAAUAGAUGCCCACAUCCAAAGGCUUCAGCGCGACGACGAGUCAGACUCCGUGGCCUCCGACUUGUCGCAGAGGCGCUCCACGGAUGGGUCUGAGCUUGGGCUUGUGAUACAAGUGCCGUUCUGA